AAGUAAGUGAAACCAUUGUGAAACAGUGAAAAAAUAACUGCUGACAAAUAAGCCUAGGCAUUAAUGAAAAGAAAAGUGUUAAACUUAGUGGAAGUGGAGUGAUAUUGGUGUUAAUGAACUAAGUCCUAGAUUUAAAAUAGUUGCCUUCUGUUUUAAUUAGAAAAUUAAAUUAUAAAUAGAACAAGGCCACAGUUAUUUUCUUGGUAGGCCUAUAAACAUACCUAAUUAUGAUUGAGUCCUAACCUAAAAGCUAAAAGAUUGAACAAUGACUUAUUCCGGUGCAACAGCCUUGGUUCAGCUGUGAAUAACAAAAUAUAGGCCUAAUUAGUUCCAGUUUUCAUUUCUUGCUACAAAAUGGGUCAAAAGCAAACUUUGGUUGUUGAAAGAUACAGACACUUCUUUAUUAUUGUUUUGUUUGUAAUCAUUCUCUCAUUUGUUUUUAUAAUAUUUGCUUUACUGAAUAUAUUUUCUAAGAGUCUGUAUAGCAACAGCAAUACCAAACUUGAACAAAUCUCAUUUGAUAACUUGCAACACAUUCCUGAAAUUGUUUUGACGAAACGGCCUCUGAUAUCAGGUAGUAGGAACUACCGUUGCAGUUACUACGAUUGUUUCAAUGUGUAUCGUUGUGGCAGAAAAGGGGCUGAUCAAAUAUCAGUAUACGUUUAUCCUUUUAGAAAAUAUGUGGAUGAAAGCGGUUCAUCUGUAGGCCCACAGAUGUCUAAGGAGUAUUUCACUAUCUUGAAAACAAUUGUUAAGAGUAAAUAUUACACUCCUGAUCCAGAAGAAGCAUGUAUUUUGGUCCCUUCAAUCGAUACACUAAACCAAAAUCGGCUGCGUUUGAAGGAGAUAUCUCAAGCACUUGGACUACUGCCGUAUUGGUAUGGUGGAGAGAAUCACCUAAUAUGGAACAUGAUUCCUGGUUCACCACCCGAAUACAACACAGUAGUGGAUUUAUCACUGGGAAACGCUUUAGUAGCUGGAGCUGGAUUUGAUUCGUGGACUUAUCGUGUGGGCUUUGACAUUUCACUUCCUGUUUACAGUCCUUCAGCCUCAACACUUGAUACUGACAAAUCUGGUAUCAUGAAAAGGAAGUGGCUGGUGAUAUCCUCGCAAGUAAACAUCCACCCAGAGUACAGUAUGGAGUUACAAGGUCUGGCUGAGACCAAACCACAGCUGUUGGUGUUGGAGCCAUGUCCUGGCCAGACCAAUACAUCGCUGCGGUGUGCUGGUCCCUCCAACACUGUCUACCACUAUCCAGAGAUACUUCAGGAAGGCAGUUUCUGCCUAGUGCUGCGUGGAGCUAGGCUAGGACAGCCUACACUGCUGGAGGCUCUAGCGGCUGGUUGUAUACCUAUAGUGGCAGCAGACACCAUGGUCAUGCCCUUCGCUGAUGUCAUUGACUGGAAAAGAGCCGCUUUGUUCGUGGGCGAGGCAGAUCUGAACACCAUCGUAGACCUUGCUGCUGGAGUGUCACCUCGUCACAGGGAGGAGAUGAGUGAACAAGGACUGUGGCUUUACAAGAAAUACUUCUCUUCUGUUGAGGCACUAACACUGACAGUGCUCGACAUAGUCAAUGAUAGAGUGUUUCCUCACCACGCCAAGGUGUAUGAGGACUGGAACUUCCCCAACUAUAAGAGGAUUCCGCAGUCGCCGCUGUUUCUCCCGCUGACUGCACCUCGUGGCCCAGGGUUCACAGCCGUCAUCCUCACCUACGAUCGUGUAGAAAGUCUCUUCACCCUCAUCAACAAACUGAUCACUGUGCCAAGCCUCAGCAAGGUGAUCGUUGUGUGGAAUCACCAGAAAAAACACCCUCCUCCAUCACAUUUAUGGCCCAAAGUGAACAAGCCUGUGAAGUUGAUACGUACCAAAGAGAACAAGUUGUCCAACCGCUUCUACCCUUACGAGGAGAUAGAGACAGAGGCCAUUCUCACCAUUGAUGACGACAUUAUGAUGUUAACGGCUGACGAACUUGAGUUCGGGUUUGAGGUGUGGAGAGAGUUCCCAGACAGGAUAGUUGGAUUCCCUUCCCGCACCCAUGUGUGGGACAACUCUACCCAAAGGUGGAAGUAUGAGUCUGAGUGGACAAACCAGAUCUCCAUGGUGCUCACUGGUGUGGCCUUCCACCAUAAGUACUGGAGCUACCUGUACACGACUGCCAUGCCGGGAGACAUCAAGGAGUGGGUGGACAGCCACAUGAACUGUGAGGAUAUCGCCAUGAACUUCCUGGUGGCCAACAUCACCAACAAGGCUCCCAUCAAGGUAACUCCUCGCAAGAAGUUUAAGUGUCCGGAAUGUGUCAACACUGAGAUGCUAAGCUUGGACCUGAGUCACAUGGUCGAGCGCUCCGAGUGCAUCAACCGCUUCACCUCCAUCUACGGCUACAUGCCACUGCAUACCGUCGAGUUCCGAGCGGACCCGGUACUCUACAAGGACUCGUUCCCAGAGAAGCUCAAGCGAUUCAACGAUAUAGGCAGUUUAUAAACUAUAGAGAUUUACUAUUGAAAUACAGGUUUGAAAGUUCACUACCUAUUUUUGUAAGAUAUCCAUGACUUUUUUUAGUGCCAUUACUGUAUCCUUACUCAUCUCUAGUGCUUGAUUUGUAAAAAAUGAGGUGCCAAACUGUAACCUAUUUAAUGUGGUUAGUACCUAUUUAUUACAAUAUUUUAUCUUUCCAAAAGAGAGGUACUGGAACACCGUUCUGUCACGUUCAGCCGCAAAUCGAGCACUGCUCAUCUCCAUCUACAUACAUUUUAUUAGUAAACCACCAGUUUUUCAAGACUAGAUGGAAAUCAAUUCAGCCUACUCAUAGAAAUUAUUAUCAUGAACCACUGUUAUCAUGAAAUUCAAAGCAAUCCCUAAUGUGCCACUUACAAUCAAAUUAAUUUUAUAGGUUUGUUGUGGCAUACACAAUUUUUAUGUGUAAGCCUACAUCUCUAUUGUGUGCUUGAAAAAAAAAAAUACCAAAGCCAAACAAAAUAUUGAAAAAUAUAAUAGUCUGAAGCGCAGGAAUCCUGGAAUAAUAUGAUUUUAUAAUGUACCUAAUUUUAUUGACCACUUUUUUAAUAUACCUAAGCAAUUAUGUUUAGAACAUGUUAUGUGUUUUGUGUUAGUUGCCAUUGUAUGCAAAAAUCAAAGAGAAUAAUUUUAAAAAGUAUUUGUGUUUGUAUUGUCUGUUUGAUUAGAACUGUCUCUAUCAUGAUUUUAUUAUUGUUUUAUUAAUUUUUUAUUUUGCUAAAAGCACUAUUUUUUUUUUAAUUAAAUAAUUAUUUUUGUUUCGCUUGCAUAUCAAAUGCCAUAUUUAAAGUGAACUUCAAAUGACAUUUAGUUAGUAAGGGAUUAGUAGGUUAGUUAGUCUGUGAUAUAUAUAUUUUUAACUAUAACUUUAUAUGACAAACUGUUUAGUUUUAUGUAUUAUCUGCAUCUGCAAAACUUAUUUACUAGUGCUACAAAUGUAAAGUUUGAUUAUUUGUUGUCCGUAAUUAAUUGAAAGCUGAUGACAUACUUUUUUGCAUUUAGAUUGGAGUGAAUGUUGAUAUUCUACAAUUAGUCAACUAAUUUAUCUGUUUGUAACUCAUGUAAGUAUGAUUACAGUAUGUUUGUAAGUAUGAUUGGGUUAUCGUGCAAAUAACUCAAACAAUUUUGUAUUACUACCAGAGUACCAGACUAAACAUUGUGAUUUUUGUUGCAUAUUAAUUAUUUAUAAGCAUCUUACCUUUUGUCGAGGAAGCGAGCGCGGGACAUCAGUCCCUGAGGUCCAGGGUUCAAAUCCUGCCAAAUCGCCAAUGGAUGUUUUCUAAGUGAUAAUACCGCAACCCCUAGGUCUAGCCUGAAGUAAUUCCCGGGCUUGUUGUGGGACUUCAAUCCCUACAUUAGGUAUUCUGGUAUUCAGUGAAAGCAAAAGAAAA